AUGCUUCCUUCCUCGCUCUCCUUUCCUUCAUUCCGAUCCACGUCCAACGCCGACUGCAACUCCAGCUCUAAGCCAUCCCCCGACCCCGAAAAAUCCAAGCGGAGGACGCUUUGGCACAAAGGAACUGCGCACCUACCCAUGGGCAGACCAUUGCCGGCCAGGGACCUGAAAGAAGAAUCCAAGUCAGCGACGGCCACAACCCCGGCGCCCGCCGCCACCAACUUGACCAAGGAGCAACGAGAGCAACAAGGCCAGCAAGGGCAGCAAGAGCAACAAGACCCAUCGCCCGCGCAGCCUCUUCCGAAUCCUCAUUUCCGAAAAUCACCUUCCUGGGGCCUUCGUGUAUCGUCACUCUUUCCUCUAUUCACACCUGACACUGCAGACACGCAACCAGUGUCCAUUAACCGGAAGCCCGUGGCACUCAACAUGAUACCACCACCUCAAACACCCCCGCCGCCGCCAUACGUUGCAUUGGAGGCCGAGGAUGAGGGCAGUGGUUCGAGAAGUAAAACCAGCAGCAGCGUGGAAGCAUCGGGGAACGGCGCGGCGGCUGUUCACCCACAAGAAUCGCCUCGAGCCCAAGUACGAGCCCAAAUACGAACCGUCCCGCCUAUACCUGAGUCUGAACCGCCAGAAGUCCCUGAGUUUGCAAUCUCCUUUUCCACGCACCAGACACCGGAAAUUCUUGCUCCGAUCCCGCCCUCUCCAGACUCCCAUCAUGCCUCGUUGACACAGCAAGAACCUGCCACACAACCGGACGCAUGGAAAGUCAGUGGCGCUGCCGACAAUGAAGACGAGUCCCAGAAACAGGCCAAGUUGCAAAAGGAUAAUAAUACUAAAUCCCGACCAAGGAGAAACUCGUUGUUUCAGCCCAAAUUAUCCGAACCACAACACGGCAACAUCUACCCACGGCAAACGUCCCCUAAUCCCGAGUCUAGGGGCCGCAGAAGCAUCUCUGGCCAGACGUCGUUGGCCCCGUCCGGGUCCGGAUCACUAGCGCCAAAUUCUCGGUCUGCAUCUUCUCAUGAUGGUAGCCAAAGUCCGACGAGGGCCAAAUUGCGCCGAAGCUGGCUGCCAGGUGGAGCGCGAUCUCGUUCCAACUCAGAAGUCACCAAUGCCGUCAAACCUGAAGCCUGGAUCAUGUCGGAUGACACCCACGCGGAAUACAACCCUUCAUUUUUAAGAAACGGCGAAAAGGUUCCAGAGUUAUGGAACGAGAAUGGAAAUGUAUACGUAUACCUGUACCCCCGAGGGAGCGGCUUUGGACCCUCUUUCAAAGUACCAGAGUUUGUCGUUGGCACGUCUUAUGUCUUCAAUGAGCUCAUUUAUACUGAACAAAAUGCCGAAUCACCCGGAGACAGGGCGUCGAGCUUUGGGGGUCGCGAUAACCUCAGUGUUGACGAUGCCAACCGUAUCUCAUCACCAUCAAUUGGGCCAUCUGUGGCAGAAGAGUCAAAUGCGCUGCGCCUCUAUAUUCCUGCUGCACCCGGCGGAGGAGCGCCAGCAGAGCUAGGUCGAUUGAUUGCCAUCAGGAAUCUCUUUGCCUUCCUCACGGGACAACCAUUGGUUGCAACCAAGUCUCAUCCCACCACUUUCCACGCCUUUGUCGAGCUCGCAGGUCUGCUGCAAGAGUUUGGCUUCUCCAGCCCCGAUGGUAGCACAUUUGGUGAAGCUGUGGAACUUAGCUUUGGCUUCUACCUGGAGCAACUGGGCAUUUCGGAUUGUCGCCACAGUCGCGAGAAGACGAUAGAGUCGCUCAUUUUGGGUGAGCGCAUGCGAUGUGUUGAGUUGUAUAACGAGGCUUUUGCUCAUGCUGCUGGCAAAUACUCUGCAAUCAUUGACUUGCGAUUGCCAUUGUUUGAGCAAGUGUCCCCGCUCACUCGUCAGAGAUUGGAACGAGCGCACUUGGAUCUCGUCAACAGACAACAUAAUGUGAACGAACACCUAGAGCAGUUUGAAUUUCCGUCACUUUUCGCAGGCAUCGCCAAUUCAACCUCUAUUCCUGAGCUCAGGCAGGUGCGAUUCAAGAUAUGGCGAAACUCAUUCAGUCGGAUGCGGCAAUUCCUGCUCCAUCACUACAAGUCAACGUUUGGGAAUUGGCCACCCAAGGCUAGCAACAAGAAGAACCCCUUCGCCGAAAGUGGACUAAACAGGCUUGUCCUCAAGGUAUUGUAUUCCGACAUGUGCGCCUUGUACGAUUUAUUGGUUGAUCGGAAUAGCCUGACGUCUCGGGUCAUGGACGAGACUCCAGCUAUUUCUGACGAACCAAGUAAAAUGACAAUAUCUGCUCUCCGAAACAUCCUCUCCGAGUUCGAUCGCUCCAAACCCCCAGUUUUGCCACCGAUUCCGUUUGAUCUCCCGCAACUCCCUUCAAUGAAAGCAAUCCACGAGACAUUUGACAGCAUGUCACCAAAGGACCAGAACAGAAUGGAAAAGAAGAUUAAAGAGCACGAACUGAUUCUCAUCUUGAACAAAGCUUACAAUUACGACGCGAACCGUAUUAAGCUGCCGUUCCUUGACCAUUUCAAGGACUUUGAGAUUCGAGAGGGCAGAGGCAAAGUUACGCAAGACUUGGUGGACCAGCGCAUUGGGUACUGGUUGUUCCUCUACGUUGUGCUUCAGUCUCUGCCCAUGCUUGUCGUAGACGCUCCGGGAGUAAAACACACUGAAGGCGUCGAGUACUUCCUUUGUGAGCCUCCUAUGGGCAACCUGCCUUGGAUUGAGGAUGGACAAGUGCGCAAAAUGUGGUAUGAGGUCACUGGCGGCGGCGGUAUCGUGGAGCUUUCUGCAGACGCCGUCAUGUUCAGUGUUGAAGCCACAUACCAUCGUAGUCACUGCUGGCUUGCCGCAAAACAGUGGGAGGGUCUUGAUGGAGUUGAUGCUGUUCCGCCAGAGGAGCCUCCAAUGUCUCCCCUGCAGCCACCGCAGCCCAUGUUUCCCGGAGAACCUGCGAUGAAUAGUCCGCCGGUUUUUGGUGGCCCAAGCACUCCGUCACCGCCGCCUGGUGGCCCGCGACCUGCAUCGCGUUCCCGGAAUCUAUCUCCAGCUCAUCGAAGUCGGCAGUAUUCUCGAUCGAGUAUCGCAAUGGGCCUUGAGCCAGUACCCAUAGAACCUCCACCGAAUGUCUUUGGGAGUCACAACCGCAGCAGUUCCAUUGGUCCUCGUCCACCAAGUAGCCAUCUCGGCCUUCGAAGUGCUUCGGUAGGCAAUCUUGCUGGCAUGACUACUCGAGUGGCAAGCCCUGUGUCUCAAACUAAGCCGGCAGCUACGGCGGGGGCUACAUUCGACGAUAUUCUCGGCGAGACUACGAAGAAACCUGCCGCAAAGAAAAAGGGUCUUUUCUUUUAA